AUGGUGGUCCUGUGUCAAAGAAAAUGUGGGCUGUCUCUCUGCAUCACAUUUUACCUCGUGGCAAUCACAAUAGCGGACUUCCUUGUCAUUAUGGCUGGCUGUGUGCUAAACCGUAUUGGUGGCAUCUACUUCAGAAACAGUAUCCUGUCCACGACCCCUGCGUGUACAGUCACCAGUGUGAUGGUCUAUGCUACACGAGAUGGCUCUGUCUGGCUGACAGUGGCGUUCACCAUUGACCGUUUUGUGGCAAUCAGCUAUCAGAAGCUGAAGAUCAGAUACUGCACCAAGAAAACUGCAACUCUGGUAAUAGGAACGAUUUGUUCUCUGAGCUGUGUCAAGAAUGUCCCUUUCUACUUAGUCUCUCAGCCGCUGUACAUUGUGGACGGGGUGCCCUGGUUCUGUGACAUUAAACCAAUCUAUUAUACUUCGCCCUUCUGGAAGGUCUACGACAAGCUAGAUCAGAUUUUAACACCACUUCUCCCUUUUCUUCUCAUUCUGCUUCUCAACACAUUAACUGUAAUACACAUCUUAGAAGCUAGCAGAGCCCGCAAAAGACUUUGGGGUGAAGGUGACCGUGCAGACCCUGAGAUGGCCAAUCGCAAAAGAUCCAUUGUCUUGCUCUUUGCCAUCUCGAUCAGUUUCCUCCUCCUUUGGUCCACUUAUGUUGGACGUUACCUUUACGUGCAAUUGGUAGGUGAAGGUUACUUCAACGGCUUGGAUUCCAGUAACCCUGAUAUUAUUCUUCAAGAAACGACCAACAUGCUACAGAUACUUAGUUCCUGCAAUAAUGUCUUCAUUUAUGUGGUUUCCCAGACCAAAUUUAGAGAAGAGAUGAAAAAGCUGCUCAUGUGUCCUUUCACUACUAUCACUAAUUUUACAUGGUGA